GUCAAGCGAGACCACCGCAAAUCCAUUGUGGCUGCGCGUCAUCGACGUCAACUGCCUGGUCUGGGUCCAGGAUUAGAGCCACCUGACGGCAAGACGAUCUUCGGCAUCAUUCCACAAGACGAUCAGCCGCCCUCUCUCAUCGCACAGCGAAUGCGGGAGGCUGGUGGCAUGGCACCUGCUGGCUACACCAUCUUCAUCGAAAUCCCAAUGCGAUCUGGAGACCGAUGGAGACUGCAGAACUUCAUGAGUGCGGCUCAACUUGCUCCGGUGGUGGUCUCUGCGGAGCCUUUCUCGAACAUGAGCAGUUUGCAACUCUCCGAUGCGCAGGAGCUGGCUGGCUUUUGCCGGCGCUACGAGGAAGCAGGGGGUGCUGGCUGCCUCCUUCGUUAUGCUCACGAGAUGAAUGGCGCUUGGUACCCCUGGUGCCAGAGGCCGAGUGAGUUCAGAUCCACAUAUCGAAUGCUGGCAGGAGCCAUUCACGCAAUCACUGCUCGCAGUGGAAUGGUUUGGUCUGUCAACGAAGGUAGUGGAUAUCCUUUCUCCGGUGGCACCUACAGCUGUCAGCAGGGGAUGUCUUGCUUCUCAGAAGUGGAUACCAACGGAGAUGGAGUUUUCGACAAGUUUGACGAUCCCUACGCGCCUUACUACCCUGGUGACGACGUGGUGGACUGGGUUGGUAUUACCGUUUAUUCCUGGGGCCUCCUGUUUCCAUUUGGUGAAAAUCAGCUUCCACAGGACAACUACUUCGUGAAUCGCAUCCGAGGAAACUACGUCGGUCCUGCUGGCGACUACAGGAGUACCCCCGACUUCUACUUCAUCUAUUGCUCCCCCCAAGGUGGGCACAACAAGCCAAUGAUGCUCACGGAGUCCUCGGCGCUUUACGCG